AUGCAGGCGGGUGAGGACGGCGGCUCGUUCUGGGAGCCGGGCAACUACAGCAGCACAACGCAGCGCAUCGCGGACGGUCGCCGACUGUGUAAGGACCUGGUGGCUCUCGUUAAGGAGAGGGCGGACAUUGAGAAAGCCUACGCCAAGGACCUGCACGGCUGGGCCAAGAAGUGGAGUGAUCUCGUCGAUAAAGGGCCUGAGUAUGGAACGACAGAGGCACUAUGGAAAGGCAUACUGAUCGAAGCGGAAAAACUGGGUGACUUGCACAUGAAAAUCAAAGACAAGCUGUGUAAUGACGUAGUAAAGGAGGUAAAAAUUUGGAAAAAGGAGUCGUAUCACAAGUCUAUGAUGCAACUAAAGGAAAAGAAAGAAAUGGAAGAUGCUUUUAAAAACGCCCAGAAGCCCUGGGAGAAAUUAUUUUACAAAGUGGAUAUAGCUAAAAUCGACUAUCAUAUAGCAUUCAGAACCGAACGUUCUGUUUUUAACCAGCUGAGAAAUGCUUUUGCUGAUACUGACUUGUCGCUGAGUCAGGUGAGAAAGAUACAGGAUCGCUCAAUACAGUCAAGAGAGAACUUACGUAAAGCAAAAGGAAAAUAUGAAUCAGUUCUUCGUGAUUUACACUUGUAUAAUCCCAAAUACAUUGAAGAUAUGACAGCUGUUUUUGAAAAAUGCCAAGAAAUGGAGGGAGAGAGGUUGAAGUUCUUCAAAAAAAUAAUGUUUUCCGUUCACAAAUGUCUGGACUUAUCUCAAGAUCCUACUUUCCUGCAGAUAUAUGCAGAAUUUUAUGAGGCAGUUGAUAACGCUAAUCCCGAGAGAGACUUACAGUGGUGGUCAAAAAACCGUGGAACUCACAUGGCUAUGAAGUGGCCAACUUUUGAGGAAUACCAAGAAAAUUGGAGGGAAAUCGUAAAACGCAAAUCAAAGACGGAGGUAGCUCCUGGAACUACUCUUACAAACUGGAGAGCUCUUGCAGAAGAUGCUUACGAAUCCACUUCACGUAGCAACAGAAACGAGAUGUCUGCACAAGACCAGACUGAUAACAACGACCAAAAUACUGCCAUAGCAAAGGGAAACAUUAAAAAGGCUACUUGUGGCUUUAUGAAAGAAACGAUAAUAAGUAAAAAUCCAUUUGAGGAUGAUGAAAGUGAUAACGACACUAGCAUAACAUAUAUUGACAGUGGAGAGUAUGGAAUACCAGUGAGAGCACUUUAUGACUAUGAAGCGACAGAAGCAGAUGAACUAAAUCUUAAAGAAGGAGACAUAUUUGAGAAGCUUGAGGAUCAAGAUGCGCAGGGAUGGUGCAAGGGGCGCAAAGAUGGACGUAUUGGGCUGUAUCCUGCAAAUUAUGUAGAACUCGUGGAACACGUGGAACAAGAGGAACACGUGGAACAAUAG